AUGAAUGCUUUUAUUCAUACCAUUCCUGUUACCCGAGCGACGUCGUUCCAUCGGUCAGUAGCACCGACCACGACCCGUUGCCGCCCGCAAUUGCCAUCGCGAAGAGCAUACCGCGCCGCCCAUCUCUCCCCAUCUUGCUUGGCGGCGCCUGCGCCGGGGUCCGCUUCCGCUAACACUUCCUCCGACGUAGAGGCUACCCCGAGCACAGGACAUGAUUGCCGCAUUGAAAUCGAUGGGCACAAGCUUGCCUAUGACUACUUUCCCGGUUCUGGGCCCAUAGUUGUGUUUCUCCCCGGCUUCUUCUAUUCGCGCUGGAGACAAGCCAAGGCAAAUUACUUGGAGAUUAGUGCUAAGAGGAAGGGGCAAGGCAUUCUGGUCGAAGAGUACUUUGGUAUCGGCCGCUCCGAGGGUGACUUUAUCAAGAAAGGAACCCUCACCCGAUGGAUCUCAGACACAGUAAAACUGAUAAAGGCAGUAGUGGGCGAUGAAAAGGUCGUCAUCGCCGGUGCGGGGAUCGGUGGUUGGAUCAUGCUGCACGUGGCGAUGCAGCUACCGAAACAGGUUGUCGGGCUAGUCGGUGUCAAUGCGAGCGUGGAUUUCACGGAGGAUUUACUGUGGCCGAGCUUGACGAGCGAACAGAAGCAAGAGAUCGAGGUGACGGGCAGUGUGAACCUGCCGUGGGGCUUCCGGUCGUACCCGAUCGGCAAGGCCUUGUUGGAGGACGCCAAGCAGUGGCUCGUCAUGCGGGGAGAGAAGGGGUCAUUGGAUGUGACGUGUCCCGUAAGGUUGUUACAUGGCAUGGCCGAUGAGGAGGUGCCGCCGGAGAGGACGCUGCAGCUCUUGGACAAGAUUCGAUCAAGUGACGUGGUGGCGGAGAUGAUCAAGUAUGCAGAUCAUGCGCUAGAGGAUGAUGACGAUAUGAGGAGGAUGUGGGAUGCGGUUUGUGACGUGUCGGAUAGGUAUUACGAAUACGACCUUACUUCGCCGAGUAGUGGAUAGGAUGCAGAGGGGGCGGCUGGUGCUUGAAAUGUCAUGGGAUGGCGUGUUUGGCUUGCUUGGCAUGCGCGGCGUUGCGGUGGCUUCAUCAGUGAUGGUGUGAGUAGUUUCAUGUACAUGUAAACAACAUCAAUUCAAGCAUCCAUGACCGAUGCGUAAGGAA